AUGCCUCAAGAAGACAAGCUCAAUCUAUUACAGCAUUCAGCAAGCAUAGCUGCUGACCAAGACUUGGAGUCAGGAUUUACUACUUCUCAACCUGUCAGUACGAAUAAUGCUCAGCAACAACAGUUUGUGAAUGAAGACACCACCUCACGCAACACAAUUAGAGAGUAUUUCGAACAAUCAAGCCAUCCCAUUGCCGCUUUCUUCUUUAUAUCCUUUAGGCUGGGCGCUUUGUUGACUUAUCUCUUGGGCUCCAUCUUCACAGACAACUUUACCUUUGUCUUUGUCAUCACCAUCUUACUAUUAGCAUUCGACUUUUGGACAGUAAAGAAUAUCUCUGGUAGAUUGUUGGUAGGUCUUCGUUGGUGGAAUGAGAUUCAGCCUGAUGGUUCCAAUAAAUGGGUGUUUGAGAGUGCUAGUCCCAGUAGAAUCAAUAACGCAGCAGAUACACGUUUGUUCUGGUGGACACUUUAUGGCACACCUGCUCUGUGGGCAUUGUUUGCCUUUUCUUGUCUCAUUACAUUCAAGUUUUCAUGGCUGAUUAUUGUGGGCGUUGCACUCGCUUUGAACAUGGCCAACGUGUAUGGAUAUACUCAGUGUGAUAAGGAUGCAAAAAAGAGAUGGGCUACUGGUAUGGCAACUCGCUCUGCUUUGGGGUCGCUUGGCAGUGGCGCCAGUGGAUUAGUAGGAAAGGCCAUUUCAAGUGGCAUUGGCAAAGUAUUUGGAUCAAGAUAA